UGCACACCACAACUGGGGUGUUUCAGGCUUUCCUCACAAUAUGCCCUCGCACCCGGCACCCACUGCAGGCUGUGUGUGUUUGUCGCACUCCGCUUCUGCCCCAGUUAAAGGCUGCUGCAUAGGAUAGCUCCUUGCUGCACGAUGAUCUUUCUAUCAGACUGAUAUCUGAUUCCAAACCUCAUUCGAACAAAGCCCCUGCUGCCCAGUGGACACACAAACGCUUUACAACAAACACAAACGCUUUAUCUCCCUUGCAACUGUGGGCUCCGCGAUGAAGACUCGGUGGCAGAAUUUGGGACAAAGGACUUGGAGUUGGUGGGUUGCUGCAAUCUUAGGGAAGUUGCGUCUCUGACCUAAGUUCAAUUGCGUUUCCCAAAAUGUGAAGUUAUUAUUGCUGAUAAUCUCAGGUUCAUGUUUACACACAAGUAAAUGCCACUCUGACCCAGACAUGACUCGUCCUCUGACAAUGAUUCUCACUGUAAGGAUUGGAUGGUGUUGACUCUACCAUAUUACAAGUUUGCCACAUGCCCCUGCCUUCCAAGGGAAGACAUUCAGCUCACGCGGUUCAUCAUUCCAAACCCUGUACAGAGCUGCAUUAUACAGAUACGUUCAAGGUCCUGCCCCUAAGGCUACCACAGACUCUCCUAGUUAAGUCAUUGACCUUGUAAAGGAGAGAAACUCGAGAUCAUCAUUUUUCUGACUUGACCACCUUCAUUCAUACACACUGAUACAGUGGAUAUUCUUGUGAUCGCCUCAGUAGAGCAACCCACUUCUGAUAUGCCCAGCGAGUGGCAAGCAACUACUGACAACAACACUCCAAGUUAGCACAGUACUCAACGCUCAACAACUAGAACCUUUGGCUGGAGGGUCCAUCAUGUCCGUGCUUCACCGCCUCUCAGGCCACUCCCAGAAAGAUUCAUUUAGAAACCCGUACACACAUCAGAUCCACCGGAACCAAAGGUUUUCAUUGGCCCAGAUCGAGUACCUGAAUACCCAUCUGUUUUUGCCUGUAACUUUGCACCGCAGUCAUUUCUUCUUUUCUCCUCCCCUCUCUUGAAACCUGCUGCCAGCUCUCAUUGUAGAUUUCCAUCCCCCAGGUUGAUGGUUUUGUUCCCCUCUCAUCCUCUGCUGCCUGGAACAAUUGAAUGCCAUUGCAGCCCAGUUGCGCCCACCUUGUGUUCAUUUGGCAGUUUUUGAGUGGACAAAAAAAAAAGGAGUCCACGAGCUGAUAAAGUUGUUUUGCUCCUGAAAUGCCAGGGUUGUGCUGACACCCCCUCUCCACAGUGGUGUUUGUGUCCAGGUGGGCACGCUGGAAAAGUGCUGUGACGCUGCGGUAUCUGUCCCACUUAGCAACCCCCUCACACGUCUCUCUGUCUCACACACAGACUCAUCUGGUAGCCGGGGUCUUAAAGGGGCAGCGGUUGCGAUGAUGAAGAAUGAGUUUGGGAUUUCACAGGUCAUACUGGCCACGUCUGGGCCUCUCGAAGUCUUCAAGUGCAGUCACAGCUGACAGACCAGAACCUUCUCCCUGCCGAGCUGAUGAAAAUGCGGCGGCACCGGGUGUUCUUGCUGUGCACGGUGGGCCUGUGCGUCAUCUCCUUCCUCCACUACUACAAGGCCCUACACUACGUCUCCCUGCUGCGUGAACUCUCCGCCCCGUACCCCAACAUCAAGUCCUUCAUCAUGGUCACUGGCUUCUUCUGGAGGGAGAAAGGCGCGGCCUCCACCCCUAUAAGUCCCGCCGCGCCGGAAGAGGCCCCUCCUAUUCCUGUCCUCCAUCGAGGGGACAGCAAAGCCCGAGGAGGUGCGGUGGGACUGGGGAUAGCAGACGGUGGAGGUGGCAUGGGAGGAUUGGAGGUACGGCUGAGGGAGGAGCCUGAACCGCCGCACCCCUGGGAGAAACCUGAGGAGAACAAGCGAGGGGACGCACCCAAUGAGAGGAUGCCUGAAGACCAUUUGGAUCCCAGAAUUCCCAGCCUGCCAGAGCACCCUGUCCGUCAAGAAUCCCAGGAUGUACCGGUGGAGACGGCACCAUCUAAGGACCGCUCGAAGGAAUCCACAGACUUGAUGGGAGACCUGCACACACGCACUCACCAGCUCCAAGACGACCGGACACAUUAUUUUGUCCGGACCAAAGCAGGAGCGCUCUGCUUCAGGCAGGGGACGGAGGUGGCGAACCCCAAGGAGAACGCUGGGAAGGUCGGGGGCGCUGGUGUCGCCGGUGCAGCGGAAGGUGAUCGAUCAGGGGCUGCGGGACAGCGAAGGCCUCUGGAGGUCCCGCAGCAGCCCUCCAACACCCCUAAAGCCAAGUCGAAAGCAAGGGGCGGCAAACGACUGGUCAAGUGCGUGUGCCGGCCGGGGUGGCAUGGACCCUACUGUGGGGUUCCCACCAUGGUCUAUCACUCUAACCUGCCCACCAAGGAGAGACUCACGCCCAGAGAGACCCCGCGGCGGGUCAUCAACGCUAUCAAUGUCAACCACGAAUUCGACCUGCUCCACGUUCGCUUUCAUGAACUUGCUCAGGCGGUCGACCUGUUUCUUGUUUGUGAGUCCAACUUCACUGCCUACGGAGAGAAACGGCCGCUCACCUUCCUGCGGCUCCUCCUCAACGGGACGUACGACUACAUCCGGCACAAGAUCCUGUACGUGUUCCUCGACCACUUCCCCGAUGGCGGCCGGCAGGACGGCUGGAUCGCAGAUGACUACUUGCGCACUUUCUUGACCCGUAACGGCCUGUCGCGAGUGAUGGGCUCCAGACCCGACGAUGUCUUCGUCAUCAAUGACGCCGACGAAAUUCCUGCCAACGAAGGUCUGCUUUUCCUGAAGCUGUUCGACGGCUGGACAGAACCUUUCGCCAUCCACAUGCGCAAGUCGCUGUACGGAUUUUUCUGGAAGCAGUUUGGCUCUCUGGAGGUGGUGUCCGGCUGCACGCUGGGCAUGCUCCGCGACGUCUACGACGGCGACGGCAUCAAACUGCGCCGCAGGGAGUACUACACCAUGCCUGGGUUUCGCAAAUAUGAAAAUGACACUGGCCACAUUCUGGUGCAGUGGUCGGUGGGAAGCCCGUUCCACUUCGCAGGCUGGCACUGCUCCUGGUGUUUCACCCCGGAAGGGAUUUACUACAAGCUGGUUUCGGCACAGAACGGAGACUUCCCGCGCUGGGGCGACUACGAGGACAAGCGCGACCUCAACUACAUCCGGGACCUUAUCCGGACGGGGGGUUGGUUCGACGGCUCCUUGCAGGAAUACCCUCCGGUGGAGCCCAAAGAGCACAUGUACGCUCCGAAGUACAUGCUGCAGCACUACGACAGGUACCGCUACCUCCUGGAGAACCCGUACAACAAAGAGGCCAAACAAAACUGAAGUACUGACGAACAGGCCAGGCCGGAUAGCAAAAGUAUUUCCUUAAGUUAAUUCUGGAGAGUAAUGUAGCUCCACCAGGCAGCACUGAUGUUGGAGGGAUUUAAAAAGUCUCUUCCAAAACUGUUUCGGGGUCAAAAGGGAACACUGAAUCAUAUCUACCAUGGAUGCAACCACUGGAUUAUCCUCCAUUCCCUCCGCCUUCCUCCUCUUUCUGAGGCGGAAAUAUCAAACUAUCUCUCACCUCUUCUGUCCUCCAUUUCCGCUGAGAUGUCGGUGAAGUCCGCCGGAAGGGAGUAACGGAUCAAUUUUGCUUCGCGGGGGCCACGACGCAUCCGAAAACAGAGAUUUUGCACUCGUCUUGGGUCCCGGUAGGAAGCGCUAUUUAAACCAUUCGAAGGAACGGAAUGACUCAGAGAGCUGCUUCGUCAACUCACACUCUUCCCACAUGCACCUUAUAUUUCGUAUGUCUGUCUUUGUGGCAUAUUUGAGAUUAGCAGAAGGAAAGGGGAGCGCGGCGGUGGACGGGUGGGAAAUGCAGCAACAGACGGCAGGAAAGGAAAGGUGAUAACAAGGGAGGGAGAAGAAAAGGCUUUUGCUCUCACGUCUUUCCCACAGUCGCCGCGAUGUGUGUCGCUUCUGAGCUGUCGAGAUUCAACAUGGUGAAAAUAGGCCGAGGGCUGGUGGCGUCCCCACGAGGGUGGCGAGACCAAACCUGAUCGGCCGCUCCAAAAAAAAAAACUGCUGUCUGUUUUGUGAAUUCUUAAUGGACUUUAUUUAUUAAAAGAGAAACAUAAAAUUCACAACGAUCCAUGUCGAGUUUUUUAAAACUUCUUUUUGGUUCUAUUUAUCAAGAGAAUGACAUUUGAAAGAACUGAAAUUCAACGCAAUAAAAUAAAUAACUUUUUUUUUAAGUGGUUUAUUAUUAUAUUUCUUUUAUAUUUAAGGUAACCGGAAACAAAACUGCAUCAGUUUGUCGUAACGGAGUCGAACAAUGAGUCGGUUGUUGUGAAGUGAGUAUAAGAACCUGAGCCGGUCAUAUGUGUGCGAUUCAGUAGUCUUGACACUUACUCGCUUCCUUCUCUAUUUAUUCUUGUUUGUAACACAACGUUGUAAACAUCGCUGAAGCCGACUGAACUUUAAACUGGGAGUCUUUGGGAGAUUGUCUUUUGCCGUCCUUGCCACCGGAGGCGCUAUAGCAAAUAUAUUUCAAAUCAUAUUUGCACCUGCGUCGCACACUUCGGUCCGGAUGCCAGCUUCCGUCUGGGCUGGCUGUUUUCAAGCUUGUCCCUCUUGUGGUCAUUUCCAUCACUAUUCUUUUAAAACAACAAAGAGCAAGUGUGACUUGUUUAUUUCUGUACAACAGAAGGUGCGUUCCUGUGGUUAUAAAACCCCAAACUCUGUCUGAAUUUCCGGGAAAUUUGGCGGCUGAGUGGCGUGAAAGAUGGGGCACUUGUUUGGCACCGAGCUCCAGUCGGAGGUGUUUACUAUGCAGACGGGAGAUGAACCUGCAUCUGAUCAAGAACGCAUCGAUUUUUCUGUCUGAAUCGCACACUUCUCUGUCGACUCCUGUCUCGGCUCACGCCUGUUCAAGGUCAGGUAGGAAAGUUAUUUUGGGCUGGAAUUUUGGAACGUCCUCAUCUUUCAACUUCAGUGAAUGAGAGUCAUCUUAGUGCCUCGGUUUGUGGCUUCGUCACACAUUUUCACAUCUCUCUUUCCACCUGCCUGGCGUCGCUUCAGACGCCCAGACUGAGGAGUUGAACCCUGAACAGCUUCUUUAAAAUUCAUUUUCUUCCCGUGAGGCUCAGAGGCCUCAGUCCAAUUAUCGAAGGCAAUAAGGAUUCCUGCCACGUGGUCCGUCAGGUCAGUGGCUCACGCGCCCGUGGACGUGAGCCGACACGCCAACUGGCCGCGAGCAGUUGCUGUGACGCCUCCUCCGCCGCGGCGUCGGGGUCUGUGGUAGCAGCUGUUUGGCUAUUGUCUUCUGAGCGCAGCCCACUGAGAGAAGCCAACCUCGGCUACAAGCUCGCGACAGGGGACACCAUUCAAUACGGCCGCUGUUAAAUCAAUAUUUUUUACAUUUAUUUACUACAUUUUUUAAGUUAAAUCAAAGUAUACGUUUAAAUAGUGAUGUAAUUUUUAGUCUGAAAAUAUGGAGAGACAAUUUUCUGUCAUUUUGAACGUUUACAUUUCAGGAAUUUGUUGACUUAAAAAAGGCUCAUUGAUUUAAGCAGAAGUCAAAGAAAAUUAUGGGAGAAUAUUUUUCAGUGAAUGUCUAGUCAUAAAUCACUAGACAGUGUUUUGUACGACGCCCUCAAGUGGUUUCCUUUUUGCCAGAUUUAUCGCACAAUCUCCAAUGUAGCGUUGCUGUGAAGGUUCUGAGGAAAUGUGGCCUGCUGGCUCAGUUCAACUCCAGCUGAGGGUUCUGGUUCAGACCCAAGGCUCUUGGACUUUAAAUCAUGAUGAAUGAAAGUGCCGGGUAAAAUUAGAUUGUGCGUCGAGUGUGUGUGUGUGUGUGUCUUGGGCAUGUGUUUUCCAACAGUGACUCAUGCCAGAUAAGGGUGUCUGGUCUGCGCAGAGAAAAAGCUGGGGUGACUUCACCAAGCCCUGCGAUUGCCAUGGCGACGACGCUCUUGAGAUGAAUUCCUGAGAUCCCCAACAGUCUGAGGUCAUCGGCCCACGCUGCAGACUUUUGAAUAAACACGUAGAGGCAGGACGGAGUUAAAACCCACGAGGCUCCUGAAGUGACUCAAGCAAAGCGCCGCUUCGGUCGCCGGCGGCCUGUGUUGCCUUCAGUCCUUCCAAGUGAAUUGUGACUGACUAGUGGAGUCACAUGAGGCCUCGUUUUCAGGCCUCUGUAGGUGGCGCUGUUUGCUUAAAAGUGAUGUGAGGUUUCACUAAAACAUUUUUAACACCCAAAAUCUCAGCCAAAAAAGGUCGACUUUUAAAAAGUUCCCACUUGAAAAGUUUCAUCAUAAAUUUACCAAACAGAAUGGAAGACCUUUAAAAGACUCGGUGUCCGCUGACAGAAGUAAUUCACUGGGUUGUGUCUGGGUUUUUGUGAACAGUGGAAGCCUUCAAACAGAAGACAGAGAUAUCCGCCUGUAAUCCUCGCAGCAGUAAUCUGAGCAUCUGAUUAGAGGAGCGUUUGACUCCAACAGAGAGCCAUGUCACACCUCAGAGCAGCUCGCUUUGAUUCUCGCUUUGAUGACCCCGAAAGUCGCGACAGCCAUGAGAAGCACGCUGUCAGGAAGUCAUCAUCCCAGACAAGAGGAAAUCUUUCAACCUGCGACAACUUAAGUGGGAGAGAGAAAUCGGACUGGAGGCUGUCACCAUGGCAGCUAUCAAAGGGGUGAGGGGGGUGCAGGUCACGUCACAGUCACAGACCCUUUCAGUGCGGAAGUCACUGCUGUGUUUUCAGGAGUCACAGUCACAGACCCUUUCAGUGCGGAAGUCACUGCUGUGUUUUCAGGAGUUACGUCUGUGCUCCCUGGAUUUGGGGAAUAGGUCGAAGGUUGGAAUGUCCUGUCUGAGGUGCAAAUGCUGUCCUUCCCCAAGUGUCUCUGAGUCUUGUUCACAGGUGAGGCAAGGAUAAGACCCAUAAAUUCAAUCUUCUGAUCUGACUCCUUGGAUGCCUCCCAUCUGCCACCUAAUUCUACUUCUUCCACUGUUUACAUUGCUAUUAGCUAUUUAGCAGCCCAAAAUACUCAUUAGCUGCAGUUAUGUUACGACCUGCUGUCAUUAGCGUGAAUUACAAAUAAACUGCGCUGUUUACGUGUAAAACUGAGCGAAAUAUAAGUUAGAAAUCCACGUACAGUGGAACCUCAGUUUUAGAACGUCCCGGACUUCGAACAAAUCGGAGUUCGAACAGAAAUUUAGAGAUUUUUUUGCUUCUGAUUUCGAAUGAAAAUCCAGAACUCGAACGCCCCCGAAAAACCAUAACGUGCGCGGACCGAUCAGCUGACCCACGAGGCGCUUUGUUAUUGUGUAUAACGCAGCCUCUGUAUGCAGACGUGUCCCGUUAGCUACAUUUACUGGCUGUUUUUUCUUCAUAUUGAGGUGUAAAACCUUUCCUGUCUCCACACUGGACCGUGGUAGAGUAUCACAGGGGAGGUGCUGGAGCGCUCACUCCAGGGUUUGAUGUCCUGUUGUGGGCUGGAGCUGGGACAGGGAUGAGGCGAGUCUGGGACAGAGCGUGACUUGGUUUAUGACUUUGUCACAGCCAAACUGCACAGAAGCGCACAUUCAGAGCUGGACACGCACCGGGCACCUCUUCACUUCUGGAGAGACGUCACUCACUCGGCAACCCCUCCCACAUGCAGCGGCCACACACAUAGAGGAACAGCCACCUGCAGCAGACACUCUACAUUCACUCCUACAAAAGACUAUUUUAAGGCUUGGAACCCAUUCUUUCUUUUUCCAUUCAUUGUAAUGGGAAAAAUUGAUUCAGAUUUGGAACAAAUCGCUUCUCGAACGGCCGUCUGGAACGGAUUGUGGUCGAGAACCCAGGUACCACUGUACUGGAUGCUGCUAUUGACGUGGCUCAGGAAGCGAUGGCAUGAAGGGCAGCUACAAGUCAGUCCCAGAUGCUAAUGCAGUAUGGGGCUGUGCUUCAGAUGAGAACAGGAUAUCGGCUCAGAAUACAAGUAUUACAUGCAUACUCCUUCGUUGGUGCCUCCCUGCUGAGGUGUCUCCAGCGUGUCCAACAGUGCUUAGGGCAAGGUGCCUAGAAUAACAGGGAGAUCUUCCCUAACACCCGGAACAUCAGCGUCAAACGGGGAGGAACGAUAAGGAACACGUUGUAAACACUGUCCUGAAAAGUGACCACCCAGUGAUCUGGAGAUGGUUUCUGGCAAGACAAAGGUCGGAGCUUCCUGGCUUUGACCAUACUUUGACUAGGCAGUGGGAAAUGGAUGUAUUCAUAGACGCCCUUACCAGGCCUAGACCUGCUAAGGGCCCCCUGAAAAUUCCAGAAACAAGUGGCCCAAAUUGCCCAGGAGAGGCUAAGACUACAUCCACUGGUUAAGGAGCAAGGCCAGGAGGAGCUUGCAUCUCAGUGGGCUUUUGGCUUGUGCUAUAGCCAGGACACAGCCUGAGACUAGUUCUCCCCAGCAACCUCCCCUGACCUCAGACUGCUGUGUGGCCAGCGUUAGCCUCAGGAAGCAGCCUAAAUAGCACAUGAAAGUUGAUCCUUCCAUCGUACGAAACGGAAUAACCUCCAUAUCUGCGCCUGUAAUUCAACAUUCCUCCUGGUUGGGGCUGAUCCUUUACAGGACAAACAUCAUUACCAUGGUUUCCUGUUCAGAUGUGCUGGUCCCCGUCGCCCCCCUGUUCUCACUUGUCAAUCGUGGACUUUCCCAAGAAUAAAAAGGGACGAAGGUGCCGGUAACUGAGCUGUUUUCCACUUCUGUCGCCUUAUUUGCUCCCGCUGUGGGCGGGAGAGCGUGGGACCAACAUAUUUUAAAAGCAGAUGUGAGGUUUCUCCUUAUCAGUGCGGCGCUGGCGCUGUGGCUCCUUUCCUUCAUGAUGCCGAAUACCUUCCCACAAAUCAAGUCGAGGGGAAAUGCAAUUUGGCAACGGGAGCCGCUGCAAACACGAGUCACCUGCUGUUGUUGGUUGUAAACAAGGCCACAGAAAAGGGAGUGCAAACUCUGCGCUAAUAUCAGUGGGACACCAAUUCUGCUCCCGGGACUAGAGCCUCUGUUGUCAGGGAUGGGGAUGAGGAUCAGCACCUCCGGAGGCGAUCGGAGUUCAGAACGGCGGCUGCUGUAGCCGCUGAAGCGUUUAAGACCCUGACAGAUGUUCAGUUAAACUUCCCUGCAGUUUUCAGAGAAUACAUCCACAGCUGGGAGCCUUACAAAAAAAAAAAAAAAAACAACUCCAAAAACCCUUCUGAAGUAGUGGAGUACUGAUGAAAAUGGAUGUGUCCCUGCCAGGCACCAAGCGUUUUUGGGGGUGAGACAGGGCGCCCAUAUGUUGUGUCACAGAGGAUCAGGAGAGAUGAAAGUGGAGAGCGACAGUGUGCAGACAGAUGGAGGCAAACGUGCAGUCAAACUUUGGCUCGCAGACGCUUGGCUGCGGAUCAAAAAGAGUCGGCGGGACGGCGGCAACAUUGUUUCUUGCCAGAGAGGUUUCUGUCGACCAAGGUUGACAGAAAAAGCACAGCAGUUGGGCUCUGUGAAUGUGAUGCAGUCGCCCGUACUUCAGUUUUAUGGUAAAUGGCUCUUACUUAUCUAGCGCUCUCCACCGAUUCACACCCUGACGGCAGUAGGCUGCGACGCAGCGCGCCAUCUGAGCCAUACCAAGGCUAAGUGUCUUGCUCAGGGACACUACGACAGGGAUCAAACCGGCCACCUCUCAGUCACAGGCCGACCACUCUGUCGCCCCGUCUCCGUACACACACUGAAGGUACUGUGAAUGGCAACACUGAAACUGUACUUCCUCCACUAUAUUUUACUCAGUUGCUAUUCAUUUUUAAAGUUGAUGGUAAAUUUCGACGUCAAUAAGAGGCAUUUCCCAAGCGAUGGCAUCUUCCUCCGUGGCCACAUCUGCAGCCUAUUUCCACUUGUUCCACUGUUUAUUAUUUAGCAGCCAAAAAUACUCACUUUAAAACCAAAAAUAAAUUAGAAUCAGAAAACUUUAUGAAUCCCAAGGGAAAUUAUGUUCGUAACAUACUCUGUACACAACAUUUCACAGUAAAAUGAAAAAGAAAUAAGAGAGAAAUAAAACCAAAGAUUCACGGACAGAGUGAACAGAAAAACUGUACAUUCGAUAAUCGAUAAUCAUAAGCAUAAAUUGCGCUGUUUACGCGUAAAACUGAGCGAAAUAUAAGUUAAAAAUCCACGUACUGGAUGCUGCUACCGAUGUGGCUCAGGAAGGGCAGCUACAAGUCAGUCCCAGAUGCUAAUGCAGUGUGGCGCUAUGCUUCAGAUGAGAACAGGGUCUCAGCUCAGAAUACAAGUAUUACAUGAGUACUCCUCCGUUGGUGGGUGAAGUACAGGGUUGUGUUGUGCACACACACACACACACACACACACACACACACACACGCGUGUCCGAGUCACUGUGGUGAUGUCACCUGCCGAGGUAUGUCCCAUCUGGAUGGUGUUAGCUGAGCUGUGUGUACAGUGCCGACUGUAGCUGUGUGGUUUAGAGUACAGUGAAAUGAGCGGAGGAAUUUCCGUCUCGCAGGAACCUGAAGGACGGAAAGUCCUUCAAAUAAAUGUCGGGAUCAGGGCUGUUUCUUGUUCCCCAACCCCAAACUGUGGGUCUGUGAAGACUCACUUUCCACCGCUCGGCUCCUGUUUCAGGCCGAGAAACUUUUAUGACACGAAAGGACGCGAAAGCUACAAAAACAAGAUCCUGAUUCAGUCUGCAACAGCAGCGAACGUGGUUCCUAAUGGUUUGUGAGAAGCGCCACAUUAGCCAGGCGGGCUCAGCGGGGUCACGGAGGGGUGAGUGUGGGAAAGACGAGAGGGAAAGCGCCUCCAGAGGGGGCUCAGACGCAGAGGAAAUCUCAGCCUCUCUGGCUUCUGCUCUGGUUUGCACUCUUCUCUGAAGUCUGUCUGUCGGGUCUGAAAGCCUUUUCUGUGGAGAGUGCUGACCUCUGCGUGACCCACGAGGCAGCUGGAUAAUUCAUGUGCGCUGUCGUGCGCGUCAUCAACAACUGUCUGUGUCACAGCUACACGACAUUUGACUUUAUAUUGGAUUGAGGUCAUGGCUCCCCUCAGCAUGACGGAGCCUACGUUAGGGCUCAGUGGUGACACCUAGAGGUCAGAGUCAGAGUGUGACGUCGACCAACCCAAACAUUUAAGAAUAGAACGUCAGUCAUUUGCAGCAACAUGGUCCUUACUAUUUUUAUUUUUGUUUUUAUUUUUAUUUUUAUUUUUAUUAAUUCGCAAAAUAUACAGAACCCUGAAGGCAGUUUUACAUAACAUUUUACAAUUGUUGUUUUAUUUGUAUGGUUUUUGGAGCACAAUGUUGUUUCAUCACCGCCACAAAUAAUAUUUUUUUAUCUUCAUUCGGAUUCUCCAAAAAAACAUUAUGACUAUAUCUUCAGGGCACUAGGUGUUUUUGUUUUUGUAUUUAUUUAAUUUUUCUUAUUUAAUUUAGUUUUUAUAUUUUAUUUCAUUUUUAUUUAUUUAUUUAUUUUUGUUUUAAUUUUAUAUCACUCUUUUAUCAGGACUUUUCCCCCUUGCAAUUGUUAUUUUUUUUUAUUUUUUAUGAAUAUUAUACGGAGAUAAUGAUCAAUACGAAAAAGUGAAAAAGAAUUUUGUCACAUUCCUGUUUUCAUAUUCAUAUUUCAUUCCUUCAUAUGCUGAAACAAAGCAACACACCAAUGUUUGUCGCUAUAUUUAGUUCAUUGUUGUGAGGUUCAGUUCCGAGUUGCCAAAAAUAAUCACCUGCCUUUAAAAAACAAAAAACAAAACGCGUUACUGCACCUUUACCUUGUGCUUGUUUGAUGCCUCGCCGCAUCUGACGCGGAGCCUCCUUCCAUUUCCUCCAGUGGUUAUUUUUAGCAGCUGAUUUCAUGUUUCACAUUGAUGUUGCUGAGAGUCAAACCAGGAAACGACCUGCGGCUCCAGACAACCGCCAGGGGGCGAUAUGUUUUGGACUCAUCGAGCACUGAGCACGCGCACGCGCACACACUUGGUCUCCUUUGGGCUGGAUUCUGUCAGCAGCAACUGACAAACGCUGUGGGUUGCCAGAUUCAUAUCCAUCAUUCCCUCCACUCCUCUGUCGGGUUGCCAGGUCUCAAACACCAACCAGCAAUUUAAAGGGACCAUGCAAUGGAAAUACAGAAAGUAACGUUGUGAUAUUGCUCCCGUAAGAAAUAUUGACCACAAGAGGUUUCCAUUUAACAACCACAUGUUCUUGUGGAUAUUUUUAUCUGUUUAAAAAUGAUGUAAAUGAAGUGGAAAUUAAUCUAUGGCAGCUUUUUGUUUACAUUUUUUUCCCUUUAGUUGUGUUUGCUUGUGUAAAAGAAAGGAAAAGAAAUGUAAAAUGUGUCAAAAUGAAUUUUAUGAAAUCAAAAGAAAAACAAUUUUAAUUCGGUUAUGUAGUUCAAAAAAUAUUUAAACUAUAAAAAUAAAUAAAUUCUUGGUCACCAGUAAAAUAGGUCUGAUUUGAGUAGUUUGUGAUUUAAAAAAAAAUUGUAAAUUAAUAUGAAAAUCUGUCAUUCGUUCGUUGCACAGGUCAUUGUAAUGUUUUAUCGUCUGAAUUGUUUGACAUUUUUAAUAACUGCAAGCACAUAAAUACUAUUAUGUAUUUAUGUUUAUUUGUUUACUUAUAUUUAUUAUAUAAACUAAAGUGAAUAAAUAAGUCAAAAAUAUAUCAUAAAACAAUUUUGUAUAUUGUGCCUGUCCAUCUUGUUAAAUGUUUUUAAUAUGGACAAAAAAAAAAUCAAAAUCUCUUUCAGUUUGUUACAUAUCUUUGAGAGAUAGGUUAAAGCAAUAGAUAUUCACAUGAAUAAUUUUUCAAUUUUUCAAUUUUUUUAUUUUUUUCCUGUGACGAAGACCCCAAAACCCCAAAUCAGACCCCAGGAGAAAACCCCCCGCACGGUCCCUUUAAAUCACCCAAAACAUGCUCUGAAAAAUCUGAGUUUAUUGUUGCUGAACUUGGGUCACGUUUUUGACUCCAGGAAUGUUUGUGUGCUGCCGAAUGUGAGUCUGAGCAAAGGACAAAUGCGGGUCUGGGUCCGAGCCUUCAUGUUGGUGCCGGCGUGUUCAGGUGUUCUCUGGUCUAUAGAGGAACUCCAGGAGGAGGUUCCUCAGACUGGACCAUGACGCUCCUCUCGCUCGCCGCGUCUCAAGGACGAGUGCACAUUUGAGUUCAGUCCCAGCUCGUGUGCUCCCUCUCGCUGUAUGUUAACCGUGGAGCUCUAUGACAAAGACGAUAUAAUAAAUGAAUUUUAAA